AAAUGGCUAAUGGUUUGGGUGAACCGGGAAGCUCAAUGCACGGAGUCACCGGACGAGAACAAAGCUAUGCAUUCUCGGUCCAGUCUCCUGUGGUUCCUUCGGACACAUCAGCAACGUUUUCUCUUCCCGUGGAUACCGAACACAAAGCCAAAGUCUUCAAACUCCUCUCAUUUGCAGCUCCACACAUGAGAACUUUCCAUCUUGCAUGGAUCUCAUUCUUCACUUGCUUCAUUUCCACUUUUGCUGCUGCUCCUCUUGUCCCCAUUAUUCGAGAUAACCUUAAUCUCACCAGACAAGAUGUAGGAAACGCCGGUGUUGCCUCUGUCUCCGGAAGUAUCUUCUCUAGGCUUGUUAUGGGAGCCGUUUGCGAUCUCCUUGGGCCACGUUAUGGAUGCGCUUUCCUCGUCAUGCUCUCGGCUCCAACUGUCUUCUCAAUGUCUUUCGUUGCUGAUGCCGGCGGGUACAUAGCGGUAAGAUUCAUGAUCGGGUUCUGCCUUGCGACCUUCGUGUCAUGCCAAUAUUGGAUGAGCACGAUGUUCAACGGUCAGAUCAUAGGUUUAGUGAACGGGACAGCGGCCGGGUGGGGGAAUAUGGGCGGUGGAGUCACGCAGCUGCUCAUGCCGCUGGUCUAUGAGAUCAUCCGACGGUUAGGGUCCACGUCCUUCACAGCGUGGAGGAUGGCUUUCUUCGUCCCCGGGUGGAUGCACAUCAUUAUGGGGAUCUUGGUCUUGACUCUAGGACAAGAUCUCCCUGAUGGUAAUAGAAGCACACUUGAGAAGAAAGGUGCUGUCACUAAAGACAAGUUCUCAAAGGUUUUAUGGUACGCGAUCACAAACUAUAGGACAUGGGUCUUCGUGCUACUAUAUGGAUAUUCUAUGGGAGUAGAGCUCACAACCGAUAACGUCAUCGCCGAGUAUUUUUUUGACAGGUUCCAUCUCAAGCUUCACACGGCCGGUAUAAUCGCAGCAAGCUUUGGUAUGGCUAAUUUCUUUGCACGUCCUAUUGGUGGAUGGGCCUCAGACAUUUCGGCUAGAUACUUUGGCAUGAGAGGCCGUCUCUGGACCCUAUGGAUCAUUCAAACCCUAGGCGGUUGCUUCUGCGUAUUGCUAGGCCGAGCCACGACGCUCCCAACGGCGGUUUUCUCUAUGAUCCUCUUCUCUCUCGGCGCUCAAGCUGCUUGUGGAGCCACUUUCGCCAUCAUACCUUUCAUCUCACGCCGCUCCUUAGGCAUCAUCUCUGGUUUAACUGGAGCUGGAGGAAACUUCGGCUCUGGGUUGACCCAGCUCGUGUUCUUCUCGACCUCGACGUUCACCACUGAACAAGGGCUGACGUGGAUGGGGGUGAUGAUUAUGGCAUGUACAUUACCUGUCACUUUAGUGCAUUUCCCGCAAUGGGGGAGCAUGUUUUUGUCUUCCACGGGAGAUGAAGUGAAGUCAACGGAGGAAUAUUAUUACUUGAAAGAGUGGACGGAAACGGAGAAGCAAAAGGGAAUGCAUGAAGGAAGUUUAAAGUUCGCCGUCAAUAGUAGGUCGGAGCGUGGACGGCUUGUGGCUCCUGGACCUGAUCGUACCCCGGAACACGUUUGAGAGUUAUUUUGUAUUUUAAA